AUGGCUAGUAUGCAUAUGAAAUAUGCAUGCACUCGAUUCAUCUGGAAAUAUCCAAGUGUUGGGAGUGCCGAAUUCAUGAGAGCGAAGGACUUCGAGGGAAGGGAAAACUCGGAAGCAGAGUCCUUUGUCGUUUCCUUACCGGGCCUCGAGCUAAUUUGUCGGCAACUCUCCCCUCCCCAAACAUCUCCCCAAACAUCCUUUGUCGGGAAGUCCAGCCCCUCCCUGGGUAAUUUGGCCUCUCGUGAUGUUCCUCUCCUAAGGAAAUUGCUGGGACUCCCGUCACGCAUGUCCAGCAAGAGGAACCCAUGUGCACAAGCCCAGCAGGAAGCCCGUUGGGUAGAGUCGACAUUCAUCUUCACCUAUGACUCUGUGACUUGGAUUGCUGCGGAAUCAUAUCCAAGGGACUCGCGGCAACCAAUCCUCGAUGCCCAAGAGCUAUGGAUUCCGCAAACGCUUCAUCGCCCCGUCGGAGAGAACUCCUUUGCUAGCAAACGAAGCGACAAUCGAGAAUGGUGCCAAAACAAUAACAAUGCCGGAGCUGCCAGUGCUACUGACCCCAGCUCGCCCGAUGACUCCGAAUUUCCACUGGCAGAUGAGCUAACAACAAAGGGACUGCUAGCGAUUUUGGACAGCAUGUGUGUUGGGGUCUUCUUUGCGGCAUUAGGUGGGUCAUUCCACCAGUCCUUAUCCAGAGUGCAUCACACCAAUAAAAUGGGAUACGGCACUGCCCUGUGUGAUUUGUAUUUUAUUGACAAACAUUACGGAUUUAAGGUGGAACAAUCGUCGGAACCGUCGCGGCUCCCAUCUCUUCUUCGUUUAACUCACUCUCCCUUCUCUCCUGGCUCGCAACAGCCUACCUUGUGUCGAACGCCGCAUGUCAACCGCUCAGCGGCAAAUUAA